UUAGAAUAAGGCUGUAACAAAUAAAUGUGGAAAAAGAAAAGGGCUCUGAAUACUUUCCAAAUGUACUGUAGGUCGUCUACUGUGGCUCUGUUACUGUGUAGUCCUGUAAAGUUGUGGUGGCUCUGUUACUGUGUAGUCCUGUAAAGUUGUGGUGGCUCUGUUACUGUGUAGUCCUGUAAAGUUGUGGUGGCUCUGUUACUGUGGCUCUGUUACUGUGUAGUCCUGUAAAGUUGUGGUGGCUCUGUUACUGUGGCUCUGUUACUGUGUAGUCCUGUAAAGUUGUGGUGGCUCUGUUACUGUGUAGUCCUGUAAAGUUGUGGUGGCACUAUAAGAACACACAUUACCAUAAUGCAGUGGAUGGAGUGAAGGUCUCUAACUGGGCUCCACUGUACGCCAACUGCUGUGAGACGAGCAACCGCGACACGUACUUAUUAUUCCACAUUGACUUUAAAAUGAGCUACCAUUGUGCAUUUAGCAGCCUGGAUGUUAUUUAUGGUCCACACACAGUGGGAGGGUGAUUGGUUGAAAUCCGAGGUUUAAUCAGAUGUAGCUACACGAUGACUAAAGCCCAGCACAUGAGAGCACUACAAUCCAGGUGUGUGUGUUUUUUGGUAUCUGUUUACGUUCACAUGAGUGACCUUGUGAACAAUGGGGAAUGGAGUGAUUGUGCACCAGAGGUGUUCACUGAAACAAAGGAAACAGUCAUUUGGAAGCAGCUGGGAAUGGGAGCUAUGUUCAAACAGAACUUUAGAGGGAUUAAUACAGCCUCCUCUAUUACUUCCAGAGUUAGUGGACCACUGCUGUGUGGAUAACAACAAGGACAGGCGCUCAUGUUUUGAGAAGGAAUCUUCUUACCCUGGAAUGACCCCCAUCACUGAGUACAUGCAUUUAUUAGACUAUGUCAUGGUCUUUCUGCAGUAUUUCGCCAUUCAUUUUUCUAUUGCCAUUAAAGGGGAUUCCAUGCGAGUAGUUUGUUGUGGCAAAUGCUGAAACUGUUCUCCACCGAGGGACAGCCACUGUCAGGGUUCUCCGGGGCUGUCAUUGUCUCAUUUAGGGUGCAUCCAAGGAAGGAGUUGCACAGUGAGUAAACAGACACCUGGGAGGCAUCUCUGGGCUCGUCAGACACAUGCCAACUAAACCAGACAGUUGGCAAGCCAAGAUGAGCUGCAAAUAGCAGCUGCCACUGCAUAAUUGGAACAAAUAGAAGUCAGAGAAGCAGAAAAUAGGAUGAAACAACAAGAGGUGCCUCGGCUCCAUUGGUGGCGGUCCUUUAGCUGACAGGCUGGGGGAGGUGUGUUACAGCAUGUACCUGGUCAGGGUUUUUUAUGCUUGUGUAACUAACUGCUGUAUGCUGUGGGUGCAGUGUUGCUAUGGACUGCUGAGCCAGAACCGGAGUAAUCAGAUGAGAGCUGGAGUGAGGAGGCUCACGUGGAGACACAGCGUCUACCAGGGAUUAAAAAACAGGAAUCUUGAUUGAAGUUCCACUAGUCUCCCUCCGCAAGCGGGAUAUAAAGGGGCGAGAGAGAGACCGAGAGAGUGACAGAGGGAGAAAGAGAGAGGUAGAGAGGGAGGUACAGCAGUGAGAGAGAGUGGGAGGAAGAAAGAGAGCCAGCGCAGUGCAGGGAGGGGGGAAUGAGUGAGAGAGAGGGAGAGAGGGGGAGAGACAGGAAGCGUGCCACAGCAACUGAGCCAGAGAUGCAGGGAGGGAAAGCGAGUGAGAGGCAGACACAGGCUUGAACAGGAAAAGAGAGCAAGUAGGUGGGGGUCUAAGAAGAAAUAAGCGGAAUACAUUUUUGGGGGGGAGAGAGAGAAGUCAAUGAGAAAAACAUUCCAUGUGAAUGGCAAGGGCGGGAAGCUGGAGGAAAAGCUCAUUCUUUAAGGAGUCUUCCUCUGUGACUGCUUGCUGGACUGCUUCUAUCAUGUUCUCAGACACCAGAGUGCCUGGGGAGCACAGAGGCUUUCAACACAGCAACCCUCAUCUCAACCUCUGGCUUCACAAUGGACUCAGGGCCCACCACAGUGAAAUGGGACUCAAUGGGCAGUGCGGGCGGGCUGACGCCAACCUUACCUAUCCCAACAGAGUCAAGAAGGUAGGCUUUACAUCACAAGAGGUGAUGAACAACAGACAUGGGAAGGAAAGGACAGGUCCCCAUUUGAAUGAACUGUGCCUGGAGACUAGGAGGCUGUGCUUCGGCUUGUGGGAGCAUCGUGUGCAGCCAGAUUUGAGAAGCCAAGAGGGCAGCCCUUCCAGGUGGAGCCAUGGCCAGUCUCCAGCACCAGGCCUGAGACACAGGGCGUCUGUCAGGGACUACUACACAGAACGCUCCUUUGUUGGGAACGCCCGCCAGUCUUUACUACACCCUUCAGUCAGGAAGUACGUGAAGGCCCCCGCCCUCGCUCAGCCAACACAGUUCAAAGGUCAAGACGGCUGUAAAGUGCCUGUUUGUUUGGAGGACCAGCUUUGGGGCUAUUCCAGACAGACUUGUCAGAGAGACCUUCAUACAUCCAGCUGGGUGGAUUCAGCUACAGCCACACAGGGCUUACCAAGACACCAGAGUUUCAGUUCCACCUUGAGAUCCAACAAAAAGAAUGUCCGAAACAGUCAGAGAGACUUGACUAGACCAGUAAGCGGACCAGAGACCAAACUACACCAGCAAGACUUGACAAGACCUUUGGAGGGUUACAAUGGACCCAGCUCUCUGCAUGUCAUCUUCUCCACAGAGGUUCCUCAGAGAGAUAUGGGAGGUCCCACUCUCAGACCCCAGCAGAGUCUCAGUAAGCCAUGUCCCGCCUUAGAAGACAUCCGAACCAGGCCCCCCAGAGGUGACCAGGGCUCCAGGAGUGGGUCAGGCCUGACUGGGUCAAAGAAGCACCAGAAGGUUGUCCGGGAUCAGAUCCGGAGAGUGGUGGAGAACUUGGAGGAGGUUCUAGGAGGCCUGAAGGACAUCCAUCAGGAGAUGAAGGAGGUGGUGCAGCAGAUUGAGCUGCUGACCUCGUCCAUUGACCUGAGUGAAGAGGCCAGCCCCAGCCUGCCCGGCGACAGCAGCUCCAGUGGAGUGGCGAAGAGCAGCAGCCACCAGAGGCUCAGGGGUGAGGAGGCCAGGCAGGGGGAGGCAGCUCUGUCUUCCCCCAUCAGGACUAACUCACUCCAGCCUCACAACCCUGCCUCCAGCCUGGUCUGCCUCCCCCACCAACCUGCUCCCAGUCCUCAUAGGAGUAGCCCUGUUCGCCCUCCCACCCCUGCUCUUCCCCCCCUCAGUACCAACCCACCUCACCCCAACACCACUGCUCCCUCAGUCAAGAGUCAGCAUUACCCACACAACCCUGCUUCUUCCCCCAAAAGAGCAGUCUACAUUACCCCCUCAACCCUACUCUCUUUCACAACCUUGGGCCUGCCCCCCAAAAAAGUAGUCCCCCUCACCCAUCUGCCCUUGGUCUUUCUGUCACCAUAGCGAACCAAGCGGGGCCACCCAUUGUGGAGCCUCUCCCUGUCAGACCACCCAGAGACCCUGAGACAAGGGUGGAGGGGCUGAGGCCAACAUCUGCUAAAUCACUGGGGCUGACCCAGAGCCAGAUGGCCCCUCACGGCCCAGGGAGAGUUCCAGGGACCAGGGGCCGCAAGCCUCCUCCUUACCCACACAAUGGACACUUUGAUCGGGUGAGUAAAGGAAAGGAUCCCAGGAAGGCUCCCCCAUACACUGUGAAAAGAAGACUGCUCUCGACAACGGUGUGAGGGAGUCCGUCAGAUGGAUGGAGCCACAGCCAGAGUUGCAGGAGUAGAGGGUGAUUUAAGGCUCGCCAUAUUGAGCAGAGACCAAAAUCCCAAGGCGACGGGAGGCAUCUCGGGGUGAGUAUGUCAGCAAAGCCAUGCUGCGUUUGUGCUGACACUGUGUCCCCCUUUCUUGGCUCGGAUCUCAUCUUAAUAGGAGGGUAAGAGACGGAAACAGUUGGCUCCACUGCACUUGCAACGACUAGGGCCCGAUACAGAUGCUCACAUUGCAGGAUAUUGACAGGGCCAAAUAGGAAGUGAGGUCUCUUUGGCGUCAUGUGUCUCUUGGCUGACUUGGUUACCCUGUGCUUGGAUGUGUGUCAGGGGGAGACGGGGACAGAGACAGGGGGGCAGCUGAUCAUUAGUCCUACCCUUCAAACGGUCCGUGGUGACGCAAUUUCUACUGCCUCUAGCCUGACCCUGACCCCCCACCACCCCCACCCCACAAGCACCAUCUGUUCCCUGUAAAUGUCAGUCAGGAGAUACAAGGAAAUGCAGGCCAAACUGUCUGAGAUCAUUUACGUGAGAGACAUCAUGACUCACUCAUUGGGUCGUAUCAUCGUGUCUGUAGUUCAGAAGCAAUCUAAAUGUAUCCCAGUUGUAACGUCAAUGAAUGUUGUAGAUCAAUGUUUUCAUUUGUUGCCCUCUUGUGGACAUGACAUGUACUUCCGCAGAUGCUUUUGGACUGGAAACAUCGUUCUAAUCAGGGAUCUUAGGAAUACAUGCCAAUGCAAUUUUAAACAAUGUUGGCUCUGGCUAUGUUUUUUGAUGCUUAAAUAGACACGGGAAAGUAAACAGUUUGAUUCGUAACAGAUGGACAAUAGUAAUGACGUGUUUAUAGUUUGGUUUGAGAUGGAAUCCAACAGAACCAUUGGCAAAUAAAGGAGCCAUUGUAGUGGAGGGAAAACCAUGUAUUGCCAAGACUGAUGUGCACGCGCAUACAUUUGUAAUGUCCAAAAACGUUAAGCAUUUUGAAUUACUUUACGUAAUAGCUCCAUUCUUAUGUGAAACAUUCUAGUUACACUGGAUAUAAUGCUAUUGAGCCUGCUGAACUGGAAAACAA